AUGUCACUUCCGACCACCGAAGCCGAGCCCAUGACCCGGAUGGCCGGCGCCACCGAGCACAGCUGGUGCCGGGCCGUUCCCGGCGGCACCGGCAUCACCGCCGUCGCCCUCCUCCUCUCCAAACCCCCCAACUCCCAGUUUCUCCAAAACGCCCUCCGCAAGUUCCAGAUUUCCCACCCAAUCCUCAACUCCAAGCUCCAGUUCGAUCCGCCCUCCAGCUCCUUCUCCUACCGCGUGCCGCCGUCGCCCCACCUCGAAAUCCUUCACUUCGAUCCCCAAUCGACGGCGGAGAUCCUCCGCUCCGGCUUCACCGACGAGGAGCGCGGCUCAAUCCCCCCGCUGCACCUCAUUCUCGAGCACGAGCUCAACACCAAUCCUUGGGGAAACCAGAAUCCCGACCCUAAAUCCGACGCCGAUGUUUUCUUCGCCAGCCUGUACGAUUUUGGGGAGGAGGGAAAGUGGGUUUUGGCUCUCAGGCUCCACACGUCGGUGUGCGACCGGACUUCAGCAGCAGCACUGCUAGAGGACCUGCUGGGGACGAUGGUGGGAGGGGCAGAAUUGGAAAUGGAGAAAUUGCCGGAGCUUUGUUUGGCGAUUGAGGAUUGUAUCCCGAGCGGGCUGGGGAACAAGCCUUUUUGGGCCCGAGGGGUGGAUAUGUUGGGCUACUCGUUGAACUCAUUCCGGCUGGCGAAUUUGGAUUUUAAGGAUACCGAGUCGCCGAGGAUGUCCCGUGUCGUUAGGCUGCAGAUGGAUGUAGGAGAAACGGGCCGUAUUCUCUCUGUGAGUUAA